UAACCUAACGUUAAUUGUUAGCAGGGCAUGUUGACGAGCAAGAAGUACUUCUGUCUUGUCGCUGCUUGUUAGCUACUGUUAGUUGCAGUAAAUGUGAUAGUCGAGUUGUGGAGCACAACGAUCAAAUGCAGACAGCACCGGGAAUGAAAGGUGUGUGUCCCUGCCAUAAGUAGCAGUGAUGGAUGAAGAACCCCAAAGGGCGACUGUGUCAUGGGAGAAUGGGACCCUGGCUCCCGUGGACCGCCUUCGCUCUGAGCGGGCGGACAGCCCCACACCAGGUCUGGUGGAGGGAACUGAACCUGGUGCUGGUCAGGAGAGUGCGAUGUUCGUCCAUGCUCAGUCUUUUGAGGAUCUGACUGCUCAGGCUGAGGAGGAAGUUCAGAGGGAGGCCGAACUGGACAAAUCAGGAGAGUGUGCAGAGGAACUCAAGGUGCUGGUGGGAGAGAAAACCAUAGAGGAGCAACUCAGCAACGACAUUACAUCAGAGAGUAGGACUAAGGAGGAAGACGUGACCAGCGAGGCGUGGAGGAGCCACCGAAAGCACGUGUUUGUGCUGAGCGAGGCUGGAAAGCCAAUCUACACCCGCUACGGCACGGAGGAGGCUCUGUCCAGCACCAUGGGGGUGAUGAUGGCCCUCGUGUCCUUCGUUGAGGCCGAGAAGAACAUCAUUCGUUCCAUCCAUGCAGAUGGCUGUAAAGUGGUUUUCCUCUCGAAGAGCCCUCUGGUCCUGGUAGGUGUGUCUCGGACCUGUCAGACCGACAAGGAGCUGCUGCGGGAGCUGCUGUACAUCUACUACCAGAUCGUCAGCCUGCUCACCCUCACCCAGCUCAACCACAUCUUCCAGCACAAGCAGAAUUAUGACCUGCGCCGCCUGCUGGCCGGCUCCGAGUACCUCACCGACAACCUGCUGCAUCGGCUGGACCGAGAUCCCGGCCUGCUGCUCAGCGCCGUCACCUGCCUGCCUCUGGCAAGCUCCGCCAGAGAUAUGGUCUCUUCCAGCCUGCAGGCCGCCAAAUCCAAGAACUUGGUGUUCUCCAUCCUGCUGGCGGGGGACCGCCUGGUCUCUCUGCUGAGGAAAAAGGACCAGUUCCUGCACCACAUAGACUUGCACCUGGUUUUCAACCUGGUCGGCUCUUCCUCGUCCUUUCGGGAGGGCGAAGGCUGGACGCCAAUAUGUCUGCCAAAGUUCAACACUGCAGGGUUUUUCCACGCUCACAUCUCUUACCUGGAGCCUGCCUCCGAGCUCUGCCUCAUCCUGGUCUCCACCGACCGCGAGGACUUUUUUAACAUGUCCGACUGCAAGAAACGGUUCCUGGAGAGGCUGAGCAAGCGCAGCGCCUACCAGGCCCUGAAAGAGGCUCUUAAAUGUCCCAGCUAUUCUGUGGAGCAGGUCGGCAUCCCGGAGCUCAGGCACUUCCUGUACAAAUCAAAGAGCUCAGGGUUAUACACCAGUCCAGAGUUCCCUGACGUGUACCAGUCUGAUGAAGAGCAGGAAAGGCUGAUGGGACUGUACCAAGACCUUCACAGCAGCCUGCAUCAUCCAACCAGACCGCUCCGCUCCUUCUACCGCUGUGGUGAAACUGAAAACCUGCUGGCAUGGGUGACGAGUGGCUUCGAGCUCUACCUCUGCUUCAGUCCGCUGGGGACCAAGGCCAUGGCUGUCUCUGCAGUCACCAAACUGCUGAAGUGGAUCAGGAAGGAGGAGGAUCGCCUCUUCAUCCUGAGUCCUCUCACAUACUGAGCCCCUCGCUGCCGGCUGACCACCUGAAACUAAAAAAGCAUCACCUUGAACAUGGACGGCUCGGUGCUGACGACAACAUGAUGCAGUUCAGUGUUUACGAAUGAUUGUCAGAGCUAUGCUUUCCCCCUUGCUUCUGGGUUCCUCUGGUCUAAUUCACAGAUUUGUGAUGAUUGUGCAAUGAACGUAAGUUAAAGCUGUAUUUUAUUGGGCUUGAUUUCUUUCUUUUUUUACUUAAGAUUUGAAUAACAACAGAUGAAAGCGGCAUCAACGAUGACACAAUAACAUGAACGCAGUUGUUUGUAAGCUUUUGAAGUUGUUUCAUAAAUGAUUGUUUUACUGUAAAAGACGUAUUAUGCCUCUAAGAAUAUCAAAGAUGCGGUCUUUGUUUUAUAAAUGCUCAGUUCCUAAAAAUCAAGAAUAACAUUUGAAUUAAAAAAACUGGAAUUUCCUGUGGACCUGCAGGAGGAUGUGAUCUCUUGUUAUAAGGCAUACGGUCAAAAUAUGCGUUAACCACAUUCCUGUUUUAUCUUUACAUUUUACCUCGAUGCACUUUCUUUAUGCAAAAGGACUCUGCAGAGAAACGUGUUCAUGAGUCUGUAACCUUUUUACUACUGUCAUUUGUUAAUGUGGAUGUAAAGGAAUCUAAAUUUCAGUCCAUUAAUCUUCCAGUGACUAUUAGAAUAUUCCUCAAUUUACCAUAAUAUGCAUAUUAAUUAAGAAAAGUAUUGUAUGAAAUGUUAUCUGCUUGUGUCAAUCAUAAAGGUUCACUGUAUUUCAUGCUUUGCUUUUAAGGAAUCCAACGGUGCCACACUUGCCUCCACUAAUCAUGUCUUAACUAAUUGUCAUUGUGCAAAGCCAAUAUGAGGUUGCUGCACAGUUCCAGAAUUGUUCAAUAUAAAUAAUAAAGACAGAUUAUGUGUCUUGCUUGACUGUAA